AUGCUCAGUGAUCAGACAUGGAUACAUUUCAGAUACGUCGACCAACUCACUGUCAAUGGAGGUGGCACUUUGGAUGGUCAAGGCACUGCCACUCGCCAAAAAUACUAUGGAUUUGGCCUUCAUAAACAACGGAGCCCUACUGACAACCGUAAGACAGAUGGAAUCAAAAUCUCCCACACAAAUGGCAUAAACAUCACAAGUGUGCAUAUUGGCACUGGUGAUGACUGUGUUGCUAUGAUUUGUGGCACCAAGAAGGUGCGAAUUACAGAUGUUUUCUGUGGCCCAGGCCAUGGAAUCAGCGUGGGAAGCCUUGGUGGUGGGAAUCCGGAAGAAAUACCAGUGGAAGAUGUAGUUGUCAAGAGCUGCACCUUCAAUGGUUCCAGCAAUGGUGUUCAAAUAAAAACAUGGCCUGUUCCAUUGAAUACACCUUUUACGGUUUCUGGGUUCACCUAUGAAGACAUUACCAUGAUUAAUGUGCAACAUCCCAUUGUCAUCAAUCGACAAUAUUGUCCGGAACAUAAUUGCGACCUCACGGUACGUUUCUGCUUCUGA